AGUUACACCUGAUGGUGAGGUAAGACUGUCCGACCACGCGCUGGAGGUAACGCAGAUGGUGAGUCACAGUGCCAGGGUUUGUUCAUGAGCGCCCCCGCGGGCCCAGCCAUUCAGCACCCAGAUGGCUGGCUAAGGCCACUUGUUCAGAACCUAGAAUCCGGUCAGUAUCGCACCUGCUGCAGGGAGAAAAGCACUAACGCUGUACUGCUCUGGGAUCUACGCAGCUCGCUGGGCCACCAGGGGCCAGGCCCUUAACUUCUCUGAGCUUGUACCUUCGUGUGUAAAAUGGGGGCUACAGUGCCUGUCUGCCCGAGUGGUUUUUACUUUCUGCUUCACACUUUCCUGUGUGGCCACAUUUGCUACCAUGGUGUAGUAAGACCACCCCACACUACACAGAAUCAAUCUUCUAUGACUGCGAGCAAUCGCUGGGCCGCGGUAAAAGCAGCAGACUGGCCAGGCGUGCCCCAGCUUGGCGCCCCACCCUUCUCGGGGCCGGGGGAAGCCGCGGGUGCUUGGCGCAGCGGAGUUGGGAAAGUCACUUCCGAGCGUACCCUGACUCCGCGCCACCCGCCUGCCAGCACCGGGACCCCACCCCCGCGGGAGAGGACGGGGGCGGGGCCGAGACUGGAGGCGGGGCCUGCUCAGGGGCGGGGCGGGGCCGGCCUGGGAAGACGGAAGCCCCCAGCCUAGGGGUGGCGGCAGAACCCGGAUUCCGGACUACCACGUUUUCCGGAGCCGGGCUCCUGGAGACGGCGGGCAGGAAAACCCGGCGCCCGGAAGCUUUUGCUUUCUUUGACGCAAGGGCUCGGGACGCAGCCGCCGUCGGCCGAGCGCCCGGCAAGGAGCGACCCCAGACGGAGCCUUCAGAGUCCCUCCGUCCCCCACCCCCCGCCCCGUCCGGGAGCCUCAGUCCCUCUCGCCGCCCUCCUCGUGGCCAUGGAGUGUCCGCACCUCAGCUCCAGCGUCUGCAUCGCUCCGGACUCAGCCAAGUUCCCCAACGGCUCCCCGUCGUCCUGGUGCUGCAGCGUGUGCCGGUCCAACAAAAGCCCCUGGGUCUGUCUGACUUGUUCAAGUGUCCACUGUGGAAGGUAUGUGAAUGGUCAUGCAAAAAAACAUUAUGAAGAUGCACAAAUACCCUUAACCAACCAUAAGAAGUCAGAAAAGCAGGAAAAAGCUCAGCACACGGUGUGUAUGGAUUGCAGUAGCUACAGUACGUACUGGUCACAAACAAGCUUGCUCUCUCCUGGGAUUUGUAAACUGAGCUCAGGCGUGUGCGUUGUGAUCCAGGUGAGAAGAUGUAAAUCCCGCUGUGAUGUUUUCUCUCUGUCAAAUACUGGCAAGUGCGCCUUUGGUUUCAAGAAAAUCUUGAAGUUGGUCAUCCCUUUUCUGUUUGCUCCAAGGGGCUAUCAGCAGCAGGACGCCCACGAGUUCAUGCGCUACCUGCUCGACCACCUGCACUUGGAACUCCAGGGCGGUUUCAACGGGAUUUCCCGCUCAGCAAUUCUGCAGGAGAAUUCUGCUCUGUCUGCAAGUAACAAAUGUUGCAUAAAUGGAGCAUCUACAGUCGUCACGGCGAUAUUUGGAGGCAUUCUCCAAAAUGAAGUUAACUGCCUCAUAUGUGGGACAGAAUCUAGAAAGUUUGAUCCAUUCCUAGACCUUUCAUUAGAUAUUCCAAGUCAGUUCAGAAGUAAGCGCUCUAAGAAUCAAGAAAAUGGACCAGUUUGUUCGUUACGAGAUUGUCUUCGCAGUUUUACUGACUUAGAAGAACUUGAUGAAACAGAGUUAUACAUGUGCCACAAGUGUAAGAAAAAACAAAAGUCCACUAAAAAGUUUUGGAUUCAAAAACUACCCAAGGUGCUGUGCUUACAUUUGAAAAGAUUUCAUUGGACAGCAUAUUUAAGAAACAAAGUUGACACAUACGUAGAAUUUCCACUGAGAGGCCUAGACAUGAAAUGCUACUUACUAGAGCCCGAGAACAGCGGCCCGGAGAGCUGCCUGUACGACCUCGCUGCCGUGGUGGUGCACCAUGGCUCUGGAGUCGGUUCUGGACAUUACACGGCAUAUGCAACUCACGAAGGCCGCUGGUUCCAUUUCAAUGACAGUACUGUAACGCUGACCGAUGAAGACACCGUGGUGAAGGCCAAGGCCUACAUCCUUUUUUACGUGGAACGCCAGGCUAAAGCUGGAUCGGAUAAACUUUAAUACCUCCUCCCAAUCAUUAUUCAUCAACUAUACCGGACAAACAUUUCCAGUUUUCCAUAAAUACUUGAUCCAAGAUUUAAUUUCAUUAUGCACUUUUCAGUUUCCUAUUUUGAGUUUAGCUUUAUUUUGUCAAUGGUAGUGACGUACUGAACGUGGGCACCAACUAAUUUCUUUUUAGUUCUACCAGAAAACCUCAGCAGAUGUUUUGAUUUGCUGCUUUAGUUGUAAUAAUUCAGUUUUUAUACGUAGUUUCAGGAACUUAGUUCUACUUGACUUUUUUAUAUUACUGUUUUCAGUUCUCACUCUGAGGCACAUUUGCAUCAAUGCUUUGUACUCUCACAUGCCGAAAGCAAGACGUGUUCCUGAUGGUGCAGAGCAGAGUCACCGCCUGCUGCCUUCUCACAGCCGUGGUGGAGAUCAGGUUGGCUCUAAGUCAAGGACCAUGUGUGCACGUAGCCUGCGGCCACGAGAUCUCAGUGACUGCUCAGUAAUCAUUCUCUUUGCUUGUAAACGGUAAUGAAGGGCAUCAUUACGUAGACCGGGUGACUGCUGCUCUUGGUACCCCUCAAAGCUGCUGUUUAUCAGCACCCAUUAAAUAAAUUUGUUGGUUCAGUUGUACCUAUACUGCAAAUUCAAAAAUUACUUAUACUUUUUCCUUCUGGUUUGGGGACAUUUUUUGUGUUUUCAUGGAGGAGACAGGGGUACGGAAAAGUCCAAGUAAGACCAAAUACACUUAAGUCUUUAAAAAACUCUGUGACUCAGCUACAUGUAUCCAGGUGUUGUCCGGUGUGAUGAAACCAUAGCUCGGUCUGCCCUUCUGAGCCAGCGCCUAGGUCCCCGCUUAGCUGCGGCUCUGGGAUGAACCGCACACCCACGUCAGUCCUGCUGCUUGCUUGGCCAUCUGAGGCUGAGACGAUAACCUCAGAAUUGAUUCUGAUGCACCUGCACUUCAGGCAACACCGUGGGGUCUGUUUCCACCAAAGGAAACUAGAGUUUUUCCUACUCUGUAAGUUUUAACAACCCUCAUAGGCCUAUCCUGAUAGCAGAGCAAGAUGAAAAAGCAUUCUCACUUUGCAUGAAGUAAGGUUUCUUUUCUUGAGUUUAGUAGCCUUCGUUUUAAAGUUGUUUUCAAGGAAAACAGGUACCAGCACUAUUUAGAUUCAACUCAACUUCAAGUCCGGAACCAGAAGCCCAUCUAUGAAGGUAGCUGUGACUUCUGCAAGUGCUCCAGGCCAGCCCGCUGACCUUAGGGCGCUCGGGGCAUGACGUGCAAGUUCAUGAGAAGGAAGGGCCUCCAGACGGGCCUGUGGGCUGUGGCCGCGCACAUUUUCGUGUUCACUCCUUGUCCCAACCAGUAUUCUCCUCCCUUCCCAGUUCUCUACGCUUGUUACAAGGGGCAGGAUGUAUUUCUUAUUAAGCCAGCCAACCAGGCUUUUUGUUAAUUUUGUUUUUUCUGUUAAAAGAAAAAACGGCCCAGAGUUUCUUAAGUGUAUGAAUGUAAAAAAAAAA